AUGCGGUCGCAACAUGGGAGAGACAUUCGCCAACCCCGAUCAUGCGCCGCUCCCAGCGAAGCACGUCCAGAACGAAAUCGGACCGGAUGUCCCAGUCCCGACCCCCCAACGUCCCCGACUGGGGAGGAAACUCCCACGAAUCACCGUUCCACCACGCCUCGUCGUCUUCAGGAUCAGGUGCGUCGGGAGGAAGCGGAGGAGAAUGGCAACGAGGAGGAGGGAAUCGAGCGACAGGGGAGGGGUCGAGUGGAAUCAGAGGAUGUAGCCGCUGAGGAGGAUCACCAGGGGAACUUGCAGACGGGGUGGGCGGCACACCGGCAGGAAGCACAAGAGGUGCCCCAACCGCAGCCGGUGGGGCGGGAGGAGGUGGAGGAGCCAAUGGCGUCGACGGCGCCGACUCAGCAGGCACGGACGAUAGCUGCUGGGACGACUGGAGAGAUGCUGACGGACAACGCCGCGGCAUUGGCACCAAGAGGCGGUGACUGCGCGUCAGACACAGGGGCCCGAAAAUCUCUCGCUGGACAGCGGGAGGGUGCCGAGGCGGACGGCGACGUCGGAAGGAGCCGCCACGAGCCUGGAGAUGUGGAUGGGUCCGCCCGCGGGGAGAGCGAUAGACUGGCUCGUGACGACGGGGGGAGGAGCCGGCCUCCUCGUGCGCGACCAGGGCAGCGGCGGCUCGGAGCAGGGCUGGCGCCAGCUCGCCCCGGGCCUGUGAGUGGCUGGGAUCAGCAGGAGAACCAACCGAGCGGUCCGACCGAGAGGAGGAUCGACGCUUGCCAGUCAUCGCCACGGGGCCUGCAGGCACAGGGAGGUGAGGGAGAGGAAAAUCGUGUGGCGGAGCAUCUCGAGGAGAACGAGUACAGGGAGGAAGAGGGGAUAGCGACGGGACUCGUCGGUCUAGGGCUGCGGUGCAACCUCACCAAGUCGUCGGCCUGGAGCCCCACGGGGAACACAACAGACCUGCCGGAAGGAUUGGCGGCGGCGGUGGACGGAGUGCAAGUCCUUGGGAGUCCCAUAGGCGCAGUAGCACUCUGCAGGCGCACGCUUCGAGCAUUGCUGGAGCGGAUAGCCCUCCCGCUGAGCCUAGUCAGCAAGCUCCACCCACAACACGCGAUGCUGCUCCUAUCGCGCUGCAUAUCGCGCAGAAUCUCCUACCUCCUGCGCACUACGCCGGCGGACAUUCUCCCCAUCCGGGAAUGGCGGGGGUGGAGCGAGAGGCUGCUGUGGACAGCACUGAGGGCGGCCCACAUCAAUGUACCCUCCAAGGAGCUAGAACAAAGCCUGGUGUGGAGGCAGGCGACGCUACCGAUCGCGCUGGGCGGUGUGGGGCUGAUAGACCCAUUGUCAGAGGCACCGGCGGCAUACCUGGCGUCACUAAGGGCAGCACAGAUGCUGCUGCAGCAAAUGCCGCCCUCGCCAAACCACCAGCUUUCGCAAGUGGCGUCGCUAGUGUCACCGCUUGGGGAGGGAGUGGCAGGAAGGGAAGGGGAAGCAAUACGGGACCUACGGAACAGACUCCCCGAGGAGGCGCGGGAGCUGCUAGGGGAGCCGGGUCCGGGGACUGAGGAGCCAAGUCCGGGCGCGGAUAAGGAACAGACCGCAGAGGUGGUGUUGUCCGCGUCGCCGGCACCUGUAACUGCGGCUGUGCUGGCGGCGGCGAUGUCUGCUGCGACUGGGGAGCAGGGCAGAGCCCCGUUGGCAGAAGAUGUGAUGACUGCCGCUGCGUGCGCCGAAACGCCUGUUGAUGCCGUGGCCGCAAACAGGCAGGAGUGCGCCUAG